AUGCACCUCCCCCUCGUCCUCCUCAUAGCACUAACCGCCACAUCCUCCGUCACCGCCCGCGCGCUCCAGCCAUCCUCGGCCCCCGGCCCCCAUCCAAGCCUCCACACCCGCCAGCUGCGACACCCCAUCCCCGUCAUCCCGCCGCCCCCGCCGCCCCCGCCGUUCCCUCAACCAAUCAUCACGGACGUCGAGCCCGCAUCGGACGGCUCCUCACCGAUCAUCAUCGACGCCUCCCCGACCUUGCGCAGCCCCCCCAGCUCCCCGGGCGGUGGACGCCGCGGUGCGCCAAGAGCUGGGGUGCGCGGAAGUGGUAGAGGGCCCGGCGGGCAGCGCAGCGCAUCGCCGCGCGUAGGCUCAAAGAGUGCGAAGGCGCGGCCGAGGGCGGGGUGGGCCCGGGCGGGGGCGCCGAAGGGGGGCGUGCGCAGAGUCAAGAAGGGGAAAGCGGAGAUGAGGGCGGCGGCGCGACGGGGUCGGCAGUAG